AGAUACUUCCGGGUCGUGUUUGUUAGGUGGCGUUCCAUGUGUAAACUGGGGUAAAGGGCACCAGCAUAACUUGGCUGAAUUGUGUGAAUCUAGACCAUUACACAGAAGACAGUCUUUAAAUAGCCAACGAGAUCUCCAGUUUUCUGCUCAAUUAAAAACAGUCUUUCGGCUCGAACAUUACUCCGCACGAUAUGUUGCCUAAUACAGGAAAGCUGGCAGGAUGCACCCUCUUUAUCACAGGGGCCAGUCGGGGGAUUGGCAAAGCCAUCGCCCUGAAAGCAGCCAAGGAUGGGGCCAACGUGGUGAUCGCUGCUAAAACCGCCCAGGCGCACCCCAAGCUCCCCGGGACCAUCUAUACCGCUGCAGAAGAAAUCGAGGCGGCCGGCGGGAAGGCCUUGCCCUGCGUAGUGGAUGUCCGGGAUGAGCAGCAGAUCAGCGACGCGGUCGACCAGGCUGUACAGAAAUUCGGAGGUAUCGACAUCUUGGUGAACAAUGCCAGUGCCAUCAAUCUGACGGGAACUCUGCAGACAACCAUGAAGAAAGUGGACCUCAUGUUGGGCAUCAACCUCAGAGGGACCUAUCUAACAUCUAAGUUGUGUAUUCCUCAUCUCCUGAAGAGCAAAAAUGCCCACAUCCUAAACCUCAGUCCUCCUCUCAACCUCAACCCCAUCUGGUUUAAAAACCACACAGCUUACACCAUGGCGAAGUACGGAAUGUCCAUGUGUGUGCUGGGAAUGGCAGAAGAAUUCCGAGGAUCUAUCGCCGUUAAUGCGUUGUGGCCCAAGACAGCCAUUCAGACGGCAGCCAUGGACAUGCUGGGCGGGGCUGGGGUGGGCAGUCAAUGCAGGAAGGUGGACAUCAUGGCUGAUGCAGCUUAUUCCAUCUUCAGCAAGCCCUCCAGCUACACUGGGAACUUCACCAUCGAUGAGGACAUACUGAGGAAAGAAGGAAUCGUGGAUUUUGAUAUAUACGCAGUUGCUCCAGGCCAUCCACUGCUACCAGAUUUCUUCCUGGAUGAGGAUCCAGAGGAGCUUGUGAAGGCAACGGGGGAUGAAGAUGUGUCUUCAGCCCUCAAUGCAAGCACAGAGGCUGCAGCCAUUGGGCCCAUUGCUGAGACCUUCAACAUCAUCAGAGGGAUCCUCAGUCCUGAGGUUGUCAAAACUACACAGGGAGUGUACAAGUUUGACCUUUCUGGAGAACACCCCGGAAUCUGGUACAUCGACCUAAAGAAUGAGGCAGGAAGCGCUGGCAGUGGGGAGCCUCUCAGUCAAGCCGAUGUGGUGAUGAGCAUGGACAGCUCAGACUUCACUAAAAUGUUCUCAGGUAAACUAAAGCCAACCAUGGCCUUUAUGUCUGGAAAGCUGAAGAUUAAGGGGGAUAUUACCCUGGCCAUUAAAAUGGAGAAGAUGAUGUCUCUGAUGAAGGCUAAGCUUUAAUGAAGACCACACAAUACACAUGCACGUUUGGCAUUAAUGUGUUCAAAACUUCCAGGACUGCUGCUGUUUUGUUCUGUUUCCCAUUAUUUUAAUAAAAAUAAUUUUAAUAUUCUGUGGACCCAUCUAUCCCAGGUGAAUAACUGAUGUAAAUUUGGUACAAAGCGCACUGAAUUUGUGUUAUUACAAUUGUUACAAAUAAAAUGCUGAUAAAUAAUAUAAGCUAAAUGGUUUUAUUCAUUAGAAGAAUUUAAAUCUAAGCGGAGAAUUUGGCAUUGGCUAUUUGGAGGCCGUUAUUGUGAUAGUAUCGAUCAGAUCUGUCGAUCAGAUGUGAACUUGUGAGAUUCUUAGGCAAUGUCUUUUUUUUCUGAGAUUUCUGGCAUUGUCAAUCUGCUAUAACACUAUUGGGAUAUUCUGUCUACAAUACAGUGCUUAUGUUAUAUCAACAGCUUCAUAUAGUUUUACAAGAGGUGUUCACCCCACGUUGCCAAUUUGUAUCUUGUUCUGACUUUUGCAGUGUUGCUAGUUCCCAAAACGAAUUCCACCUUUCUCCACUUUUCCAGUAUGUACUUGAAUUAAUGUAGGAAAUAUGACUAGCAGUGUCGGGAACAUGGUUUUCUUUAGUUCCUGCAAAGCACCUCUAUGAAAGUUUGGUUGUCUAUCAGGGAUGUACUUGUGAUUGACCUUUGACAAAAACCAGAUUAAACUGAACUGAAAUAGUAUAUACAAUCAUGAAUGAAGGAAUAAACAAGUUUAUCAAUAUUUA